CACACGCACUCUCUCUCUCUCUCUCUCUCUCUCUGAAUCACAGACACACACACAUCAUCUCACACACAACAUACGCACACAUAGAACGUGGUGGUUGGCUGGACAGGAAGUUGGCUGGACAGGGGAAAAAAACGAACAGACGGACAAAACAGACAGACACAACUCAGGAGGACCGGUUCCAUUCUCUCGACCCUGUCAACCCUGUCAUCCAGAAUUCAGAUGGAGUUUGCCUGCAGUCAUGUAGUGUGUAACUGGAGACCAGCGAGUGUUGAGGGGAGGUCAGGUGAGGGGGUGACCCCAGGUCUAGGUGAACCCCUUAGACUGUCUGUCAAAGAGCACAUGUACGACAAUCGCAUCGCGGUCAUCUCCCGGCCAGAACCGGGUAUAAUGCCUCCAGCUCUGCCCCCUCGACAGUUCGGUUCUCAGAAGACCCACCCUCAACCCACUUUUCUGCCUCCCCCUCUACCCUCCCUGCCUGCCCCUCUACCCUCCCUGCCUGCCCCUCUACCCUCCCUGCCUCCCCCUCUACCACCCCGAGGUGUGGAGGGCCAAGGAGAGCAGAGCAUAAGAUUGAAGGCUAACGUUAACGUUCUCUCUCUCAGUGUUGGACGUCUGGUAGACAUGAGGAGAGCAACUGGCAUCCAGAGCACUCAGAGUCCAGUGAAGCAUUGUAGGAGAUGUAGUGCUGCCCUGUCCUCCCUGAGCUCUGUACAUAACACACAGGACACUGCCGUGUGGCAGUGUGAGUUCUGUGGUCUCCAGAACAACCUGUCUACCCCAGACCUGAGAGUUGGUUCCAAGGUGGGGCUGAAGGUUAGAGGAGCUCCUAGAGGGAGAGAUGUGAUCUACCUCCCCAGUCAGACAGACCAGGACUACGAGAACCUGGAGGAUGUCAUGGUGGUCUUCUGUGUUGAUAUAUCUGGGAGCAUGAGCGCCACCUCUGAGGUCUCCCCAGGGAAUGCUAUGAGGUCACCAACCUAUGUCUCCAGACUACAGAGUAUUCAGGAUGCCCUCCAGGGGGCGCUGUCCUCUCUGCUGCAGACCUCACCUCACCGCAGAGUCGCCAUGGUUACCUUCAAUGACCAGGUAGUAGUGUAUGGUGAUGGUUCAGGUGCACCAGUCUCUCUGAGGGACUGGGCUCUAGUUGAUUCUGACUACCUGAGACAACAGGGUAAACAGUACAACACUCCACACUGUAUAGCUGAGAGCUACCAACACCUCUCACUGAGAGUCAAAGAGCUGAGGGAGCAUGGAGCUACAGCGCUGGGUCCUGCUGCCUUGGUCUCCAUUGCUAUGGCGUCUCGAUACGUGGGGUCAAAGGUGAUCCUGUGUACAGACGGGCGAGCUAACAUCGGAUUGGGUCUAAUGGAGGAGAGUCCCGCCCCUUUCUCCUCCCCCCAGUCACCUUACUUCUACAGACAGCUAGCCCACGAGGCAGCUAACAGCGGUGUGAUAGUGUCGGUGAUGACAUUUGAGGGAACAGACUGCAGGUUGGCUGAGGUGGGACUACUGGCAGACCAGACUGGAGGCAGGGUGAGUAUAGUAAGCAUCGGUACCGUAGCAACAGAGAUCCAGUCAGCUCUGGCCGACAACAUCCUAGCAACGGGUGUCAUGGCAACGCUACUAGCAGCUGAUGGCGUGUAUUUCCCCUACGAGGAGGAGUGGAGCCACCGUCUCGUAAGAGAGAUAGGAAACGUAACAGAAGCAGUAGAAAUCACCUUUCAGUUCGCCUGCAAGCCUGACAGCGUAGAGGGUUUCAUGCGUAGAGCCAGAAUACCGUUCCAGUUACAGCUGUCCUUCACCACCAGAGAUCAACAGAACGUCACACGCAUCAUUACUGAACAGAGACGGGUUACAACCAGCAGCUGGUUGUGGGCAGGCAGUCUGAACAUGUCAGUGUUAGGGGUCCACUGUGCCCAGCUGUGUGCCAGGUUAACUAUGGAGGGACGAGUCCAUGAGGCACAGAGACAACUCAGAGCACAGCAGAACCUGCUCAAAGACAUCAGUGUGCAGAGGCCCAAUCCAAAGGAGGAAAGUAUCUAUGGCAACUGGAUCAGUACCAUGACAACCAUAUGCGAUGACCUCAUUACAGACUCCCAAGAUAACAGCAAGAUCAACGACCUACAGGCCUCCAAGUCUACUCCUGUGAACGCCCUCUCUGAUGAGGCAGCCAAGGUGGUGUACCAGAUGAAGAGGGCCAGCAGUGUGGACCAGAGCAGGAGGAAACAGACAGACAUUGUGGCUCUGUGAGGAGCCUGACCACAGCAGUCACAGGUGGCAAAAUCGGCAGACAUCUUGGAUCCACAGGAGCCAGCUGCAGCAUCAACAGUUGCCAAAACUGGCAGCCAUGUUAGAGACUGGACACUCACUCAAACAACUCCAAAUGUACUACCUAAAUAUUAAAUAAAGACGUGUCAUUUAAA